UUGUGAAGAAUGUUUAUUAUUGCAAAGCAGUAUUUGAAAUGCAUGAUUAAUGUAUAGGAAUAACGCAUAUUUGUACGAGCAAACAAAUUAAUGGGUUGAAUUCCCAAUAACAUGAUUCCAGCUAUUAAAUCAGAAAAUAUUGAUGGCGAUUGUGACACAGAUUCUGAAAAUAAUAGCAUCAAAAGUGUUUUGAAAUGGAAGUGGGGCUCUAGAAAAAGUGCCUUUCUGCCUUAUAGGCCAGUCAGUACUGUAUUAACAAAUUUGCAAAGGGGUAAUACUGAAGCAAAGAGCGGAGAAGAAAUAAAAUUCAAUUUCCAUGCUCGGGCUGCUCAAGGUGAGAUAACAAUCAAACAGAUUUGCUCUGAGGGAUGCGAUACUGUCGAUAUCAAUGGUUAUACUAGUUUGCAUUGGGCAUCAUAUUAUGGCCAAACAUGUACUGUAAAUAUGCUCCUUCAGUAUGGAGCUUCUGUAGAUAAACUAGGGCCCGAAGGUGAAACAGCGCUACUUCUUGCAGCUGCUGGUGGACACUAUGAUACAAUUAAAUUACUAUUAGAACAUGGGGCAGAUGUAAAUCAUUGUGAUAUUCUUGGAAAUACUGCAUUGGCAUAUGCUGCAGCUGGUAAUCACCCACAUUCUUGCCAUAAUCUUCUUAUAAAAGGUGCUGAUUUAACUUUAAAUAAUGAAAAUGAUGAUACCCCAUACAGUUUGGCAAUAAGGAAGAAAUCUUAUGCAGCCCAGAGUGUUAUAGAGAAUCAUCUACUUGCUUUACUUUCGUCUUAACCUGAUUGCCAAAAUUUCUGAAUCACAAGAAGAAUUAUGUAUGAAGGGGUAUGUGCAGGAAAAUCUCUAAUGUACAAUUAUUAAAGGUAAAUCAGAGAUAUAAAAGAUUAAAAAUUUGAAACAUCAAAUAAAAUAGAAAUUAGAUUCCAUCUUAUAAUAUUGCAUUAAAAACAACACAUGAAGAUUAUUGAUAAAAGUUUUGCUGAUAUGUUCCGAUAAUUAUUUAACAAUACAUUUGUGUUCAUAGAACUUGUAAAUAAUUAAUAUAAAAUAUUUAAUUUAAUAAUACAAUAAAAAUAUAAAUAUUAUAUACACAAUAAAUAACGUGUUCCUUAAUGUUUACUAGUGCUUAAACGCAAUUCACCAAAUGGUCCAUGUUUAAUCACAGCUUGGUCGCCCCAUAAUUUCAUCCACAUAUUUAUUAUGAUAUCCAUUUUGGCAACUUCCUCUAUUGCAUUUUUAUUAACGCUCAUCGAAAUUUCUUCAGGAGCCAAAUUAUCAAUAUCUUCAUAAACAUUUGAAAUGGCUAGAUAUUUGAGAAUAUCUGUACAGCCUUCUAAAAAGAUGUUCUUAAUGCAGGGUCUGUGUUGUAAUAAUCUCCUCAAUGAAAUUGAAGAUAAUUGAAAAUUAUUUGCUAGUGUAAAUGUAUGAAAUUUUUUAGCUCUAAUUAAUGCAUGAAGGAUUUGAUUUAAGUAUGUGUCGGAAAUAUCACAGCCAGAUAAAU